AUGUUGUUUUCUGCCUUCAACAACAACAAAUCGAACAAAAAGCAAACAAUGUUGGCAAACAUUGCGGCUCUCUCCAUUGUUGUUUUACAAUUACUUGGGCAGUUAAACGUCACUGUAGCAAACAACAAUGUCGGCCUAGGAAAUCACAUUCUGCAAGAAGGAAAGGUGAAGCUUGCCGCAGGCUCGAGGGUUGUUACCAAUAAAGAAGGCUUUGAGAACAUGACGAUUUCUGCUAAUGCUUGCAAUGUUAGUUUUGAUAAGUGGGGAAAUAUUUUUCUACCCUACGAGAAUCAAGGGACGGCAAAGGACAAAGGUUGUACGGUGGAUCUUCUAACCGAUAAGGUGGACGAGAUUGUUUUACAAUCUGGCUUGCUUAAUCGUGUAGGGCUUGGUUAUUGUUUGAAAGAUGAAGGCGUCAAUUCGAAUGUACUACCUUUUGCCUACAGUCUGACAAAUGAACAAGUCGAGAAAUUUCACAACGGCCCGCUCUUUGCUAACGGUUCAUGCUAUAGUUGUGCGGAGGGUUGUGUCAAGAAGACUGGUCUAGAAGUUAGAUGGGUAAUGGAUGAGGGUCGAGACAAAGGCGGAUAUGCUGAAUAUGCUGUGCUUAAUGUAAAUCCAAUUGCCACAAAAAUGGUUUAUUAUGUUGGCAAAAAAUGGGACAUGAGAAACAAAUAUGUGCAAUGGUUAUCCGACAUAACAAUCAACAAAACGGAUCCCAAAUUUCACAUCAAAUCUGCAAAAAGAGAGAAAGACACGUUUGCUCAAUCAUAUACUAGUAUCUGCCUAAAUACCUCCAAAGAAGACAUUCUCUCGCCCUCAACAUGGGAAAUUGUUGGUACGAGUCCAGAGCCAAAAAUGAAUCGGCUGUUGGUUUUUCAUCUCCUUCCACAAACGGCAUCGCGGCAGAGGAUGUUAGUAAAAAGUAAUCUUACUCAGUUACCGGAAUAUGCUGUGGUAAAAGAACAUCCAGAAGGGCCCAUAUGCGAUGAAAUUGUGAUUAUAUUUCCUGGGAGUAACUACAGAUUGUUGGCAACUCCAGUCACUUCGGCACCGAAAGAUCCAACAGAUGGAAACACAACUGUAUUCAAUGUUGGUCUUAGGGAUCACACUCUUCAAGACGGAAAGGUGGUACUUGCUAAAGGAUCUAUGGUAGCCAAAAAAGAAGACGUUGAGCAAUACAAGUCGAUUUCUGCGGAUGCUUGCGAUGUUGAUUUUAAUGAGGAGGGGAAUAUCGUUAUCCACUACAAAAAUCGAGGGACGACAAAGGAUAAGGGUUGUACGGUGGAUCUUCUAACCGAUAAGAAGAACGAGAUUGUUUUCUGGACUGGUAUGCAGAAUCAAGGAGGACUUGAUGGUUGUAUGAGAGAGGGUGACAUCAAUUCGAAUGUACUACCUUUUGCCUACAGUCUCACAAAUGAGGAAGUCAAGAAAUUCCAAAACGGCCCGCUUUUUGUUAAAGGUCCAUGCCGUUGUAAUGAGGGAUGUGUCGAAAAGACGGGGCUAGAAGUUAGAUGGGCAUAUGAUGAAGAUCAAGGCAAAGAAAAUGUUGGGCUUUAUGCAAAUCCAAUUGGUACGAAAUUGAUUUACUAUCUUCGUAAAGAAUGGAACUUGAAUAAGACAGGUGUGUACUUUGAUGUCAUAAUCAAUCAAACAGUUCCUAAAUUUCGUAUCAAACAGUUCCGAUAUAUCACAGUGAAUUUGAAAACUGUUCCUCACAUAGAAUUUUCAAAGAAAUACAAUACUCAACCAUCUAGCUGCAGCAAUAACCUCGAACAAAACAUUCUCUCGCCCUCAACAUGGGAAAUUGUUGGUACUAGUCCAGAGCCAAAAAUGAACCGUUUGCUGGUUUUUCAUCUUCUUCCACAAAAGUCAUCGCGAAAGAGGGUGUUGUUGGAAAAUACUUUUUCUGGAAAACCGGAAUAUGUUGUGGUAAAAGAACAUCCAGAUGGGCCCAAAUGCGAUGAGAUGCUGAUCAUAUUUUCUAGAGAUAACUACAGAUUGUUGACUACUCCAACAUCUUCUAUCACUUCAACGCCGAAACCAACUCAAAAGGAAAGGAAGAGUUCAGUUAAUAGAGAACAUACAUCUCCAACAUCAACUUCUACUAGCGAUAAUGACAUAACAACCUCACUGUCUGAGAGCACACCAGAAAUUCCUGAAACUUCGAAAACUGCACCUCCUUUGACAUCUGCACCUCCUUUGAAAAAAAGGACAACUACAAUAACAUCUACUUCAAUAACAAUGACUACUACCACCAAAGGCUCUUCAGGCUUACUGUUUUUUGCUGUGAUUAUCGUUGUUAUUCUGAUUGUCAUCGGCAUUGGAAUUGCUGCUUACUUCUUCGUCAUUAUGGAGAGCUUUGACAAGGAGGAGAAUGAUGCUGAGGCAGGUUAUGGGACUAAGGUAGAUGCCACAGGAGAAGUUCAAAACAAGGAUAAUGUCACAGGAGAAGAUCAAAACAAGGAUAAUGUCAAAGGAGAAGAUCAAAAGAAGGAAGAUACAGAAGAAGAAAAUCAAAAGAAGGAAUAUGGUGAAUUAGAAGAAAAGAAGGAAGAUCUCACGGGAGAUAAUCAAAGGGCGGAUGAAGUCGCUAAAGACGAUAAUAAAGCAAAAGAGAAGAUAGAGGUGACUGCAAAGACGGCUGCACCAACAACUGAAAGCCAAACUAAAGAAGAGCAGGCGAGUGCCGAAGAUAAGAAUAAAGAAGAGGGAGAGGAAAAGAAAGUCGAAACUCAAGAAGAUGAGUGAGAUUUUUAAGAAAACAAGAGAUACACAUAUGUCUAAAAUGUAAUUAUGUAUGUACCUAUAUAAUUUUAUCAAUAUAUGUAUAAUAAUCAUGGG